AUGGCGUCGUAUACGAGUAUCGCGCUCGACAUGCUUCGGCACUCUCCGCCGUCGCGCAGCUGCAAGCACUGGGAUCCAUCCACGAUGCCGCUUCUACAGGACCGCAUCGUCAUCAUCACGGGACCGUCGUCGGGGAUCGGGUACGAGACACUGCGACAGCUGGUGCUAUCCUCGGCACACGUAUACAUGUUUGGUCGCAAUCUGGAUAAGCUCCGUGCUACGGCGAGUACGAUUGCGGCCGAGUGCAGGCGAGAGUUGGCGGGGUUGGCUGUGGGGCAUGCUCGGUACGGGGCAGAGGUGGGGAGGAUGACACCUGUGCAGUGCGACCUGGGCAGUUUGGAUAGCGUCCAACGAGCCGUUGACGAGUUCCUGAGCAAGGAAGAGAGGGUGGAUGUGGUGUUGUGCAAUGCCGGUGUGAUGGAGAGCGGAAAGACGGUCGACGGGUACGAGAUCAUGUGGGGCACCAACGUGCUAGGCCACCAUGCGCUGCUUCGACUCUUAUUGCCCGCCUUGCAAGCAUCAGCCAGGUUGCGAAAUAGCGCCGUUACGGGCGAAACACGCGUGGUGCUUACGUCGUCCGAUACGCAUCGCUGGAUCAACAAACCCUCGCACCUCACCCCCGCCGGUCUGGACAACCCCGAUCGCGCAGGGCUGGGUUAUGUCCACCUCUACGGCCGAAGUAAGCUCGGCAACAUCCUCACCGCCAAAACCCUCGCCGCCGCUUCGGACGCACACAACUGGGGCAUCACCGUCGCCUCGGCCCACCCGGGUGGCGUGAAAUCGCAGCUGGGAUCCACGAAUUCGCUCCUCACGAGGCUCAAGAACUGGUUCCUUGUACCCGCCACCCUCGGCGCAGUUACGCAGCUCUGGGCAGCUACCGCCGCAAACAGCGAGCUCAUCCACGGCAGGUACUUGGUCCCCUGGGCAGCCGUGGGCGAGGAGAGCGACCUCGCCAAGGAUCCAAGCGUUGCACAAACCGCCUGGGACUGGUGCGAGCAACAGUGCACCAAGCACGGUCUCAACCUCCAAGACUGGCCCUAA